AUGUUAAGUUCAUUGGGUUUCAAGACAGGAAUCAGAGCUCAAUAUAAUGUUCUGGAUAAUCCUACAUUUGUAUCUGAGCCAUGGACAAUAUAUCCUGCAAAACAUAAAAGUGGAAGAAUAGUUUCAGUAUUUAUAUUUGAUAAGACUAAAUUCGAAUCACAAGUUCAAAGAAUAAAUCAAUCAACAAAUCCAAAGAAAAUUAUUAAAGAAUGUUAUGAACUAAUAAAGCUCGAAGUGAACCAAUUAAGUAAAUUGAAACAUCCACAAGUUUUGACAAUUUAUGAAGUCCUAGAGGAAACUAAGACCAAAUUUUUAUUUGUUAGUGAAUCAAUUGGAAAUAAUUUAAUUACAGCCGGUACACAAGAUUCUUUAUCAAUUCAAAAGGGGUUAUUACAAUGCGCAAAAGGAUUACAAUUCUUACAUAGCAACAACAUCAUACAUUUAAAUAUCCAACCAUCAUCUAUUUUUAUCAACAAUCAAGGUGAUUGGAAAUUAGCCGGAUUCAAAUUUUUACAAAAUUUAAAUGAAAUAUCCCCACAAGAAAGGGACUCAUUUUUUAUAUCAAAUUCAGCAGUACCAUUUGCUAAUCUAAAUUUGAGUUUUACAUCACCAGAGUUAAUUGAUUCAGGGAAAUUAGAAUUUACAACUGAUGUCUGGUCAUUUGGAAUGUUGAUAUUUUUCUUAUAUAAUCAUGACUACCUUAUUACUGCGGAUAAUUUACAAGAAUAUAAACAAGAGUUUAAAAAAUUUGAAAGGAAAUUUUAUAAUCAUAGACCAGCCGAAUUAAAAUACAUUUUGAAAGAUGUUCCUGAAAAAUUGUUUAACUUAUUUCCUAAAUUAUUAGCAAGAUAUCCAUAUGAUAGAUUAUCUUUAGAUCAAUUUAUUGACUCUGAUUAUUUCAAUGGUAGUAUUAUAAAAGCAAUGUGGUUCAUUGAUGAGUUUUCAACAAAGACAAUCAAUGAAAAAAUUGUAUUCUUGAAAGGGUUACUUGAGGAAGAUGCUGCUUUAAUAAAUGAAUUUCCACAAGCUUUCAAGUCACUGAAAUUAUUGCCUUUGCUAAUUGGUGUACUUAUAAAUGAGUUGACCGUAUUAGAUGAAUCAGCGGUGAUAGAUCCAAAUGUUGAUGAAUUAAUCUGUUUAUCAUUAGAGAUUAUAUUAUUAAUAUCCAAAUCAUUAUCUGCAUUGACUUUCCAAGAUAGAGUCUUCAAUGUAUUAUUCAAAGACAAUACUACAUUUACCGAAAAAGUUUAUGACGUAAUAUUUAAGGACGAAAAAGUCAAAAAGUUAAAGACUUUCACCAAAUUAAUAAAUGCUUCAGUUAAAACAAGGUUAGUUUUAAUAAAGAAUUUGACAGUAUUACAAGAAAAAUCAAAUGAUAAACUUUUUAUUGGAUUUAUCAAAAGCAUACUAGAUCUUGUGUUUACUUUAUCAUCAAAAGAACAAGAUCAAAAGGAUGUACAAAUUAUAUUACAAGAAACAUUUUUAUCAUACCUACCUAAUUUUGUUGACAAGAUAGAAUUCCCAUAUAUGAAAAAUACAUUAUUCCCAUUACUUUGUAAGAUCUUCCAAUCAACAACUGUGUAUUCAACAAAAUUAAAGAUAUUAGAUACAUUUGACGCAUUCAUUGAUAAAAGAGUAAUUGAUAGAAUCAUAAUAGAGGAACAAUUAUUACCCAUAACUAAAACCAUUAAAAAUAAAGAUCAAGAUAUUAUUAUUAAACUAUUGACAUUUUUUGAGAAAAUCAUUACAAGUGAACAUAUAAAUUUAGAUAUGAAAACUUCAAUAGAAUUAUUAUUACCUCAAUGUUAUUUAUUUGCAUUCAAUUGUGAAUGUGAUCAAAAAAAGUUUAAGAGUUUCAUAUCAAUUAUCAACAAGAUACAAAAGCAAUUAGUUGACAAAAAAGUUGAGCAAUUACCAGCAGUUAGUCUAUCAUCGAAUAAUGGUACAUCAAGCAAUUUCGAAUCAUUAUUACAAUCACAAACUAUAAAACAACCAGAAAAAGAGGAAGCUGCUCCAAAAUCAAAAGUCAUGCAACCAACAUCUAAAAUUAUGCAACCAACAACUAAAAUAAUGCAACCAUCAAAACCAAAACCAAAACCAAGAGUUCAAUCACAAACAAAACCAUUACAAUUGAAUUCCAACAAAUCGUCAUUAACAUCGUCACCAACUCCAUUAUCAUUUGGUGCAACAAAUCAAAAUUCUACACAAACCACAAAUAACUUAUUAAGUAAUUUAAAAAGUACAUUUGAGAAAAAUGACUAUAGUAAUGAGGAUGAAUUUGAUGACUUUCAACUGGCAAGCAAUUCAAAGGCAAAUGAGUCCUCAAUUAAUAGAAUGAAGAAUUUACCAAUUACUCCAACUACAAAUAAUAAUAUUAUGACAAAUUAUAAACUGACAAAUGUAAAUUAUCCACCAGGUUUUAAUACUGUAUUAUCACCAAAAGGUAGUCAAUCAAUUUUACAACCAAAUUCAAUGUUAAAACCAAAUACUACUAGUACCAAUAAUACCAAUAGUAAUGGUAUCAAUUCAGACUUAUUAGAUUUACUUUAA